UUUGGCAUAAGAUACGGCAAGAGUAGGCUAAAUGUGAAGAAGACGAAAUGUAUGCAGGAAGUAGUUUGCGGAUUCUCUGUAAGUUUUCAGCUGGGAAUAUCAGCUGUGAUCCUGAAGAGAUGACGGCAAAACAAUUGGACACAGCACACAUCGCAUGCACACUGCUGGUCUGCUGCACUCAGGUGGACCCAAAGAAUGGUCAGGCAAACGUACCAGAUGAACUGCUUGCAUGUGUGGAGGACCCCAGCAAAAUUGGAGAGUACGACUGGCAGGGUACAUUCUCAUUGUCACCAGCUUUUUUGCCUGGAGUGGAUCGAUUUGAAGUCUGCCAGCGCCAACACGGACCUGAUGCCCAAGAUUGCAGUGUACUCAUCUGAGAAGAUGGAGGAGCUUAUAAAUUUCGUGGAAGAAGACCGACAAAGAACAGAUGAACACCGGAGGUACAAGACAAAGCUUGAAGGGAGCAUGGGUGGGCUCCCUAUGAGGUGGCACCCUCUGAUGGUGCCAAGAAGAGAGGUAGUAAGAAGAACAAGCUUGGUGGAAGUCAAGGAGGGGAUGGAUAACAUCAUCAUGGUGAUAGAGGAGCAUGUUGUGCCAAUGCUGAUGGAUGUUGUAGUCACGGUUGCUAUUGAGGCAAAUGAAGCGAACCGGACCUCAGUUGUUGAGGGCAUGUUCAGUCAAGCUGAGGAGCAAAAGGAAAAGCUACAGUUCUGCUUUGACAACAAGUGUCACCGUGGUGCUGUUAGCAUGUCACCAAAAUUCCCAGUAAUAACAUCUACGAUGCAUCCCAUACUAUCUGUUUUUGUUUUUUUGUAA